UUCCCGACAUACAGAACAGGCUCCUGUCAGUGAAGAUGGCGACUGGAGUCCUUCAACGCUGUCUUAGCGGCCUUGGCUCGGCGAAAUACAGGGCCAGGACGAAAGGGCAGGUCCUUCUUUUCAGAGGAUUGUCGGCAUCCGGUCACCGAAAUCGAGAGGAGAGCUGGUUCAAGUCUCUAUUUGUGCGUAAAGUCGACCCAAGAAAAGACGCCCACUCUCACCUGCUGGCUAAGAAAGAAGAAAGUAACCUUUAUAAAAUUCAGUUUCACAGUGUGAAGCCUGAAUGUCUGGAUGCUUAUAACAAACUCUGUGAAGAUGUGUUGCCUUCGAUCCAUGCGGAUAAAUACUACCCCUGUGAGCUGGUGGGAACAUGGAACACCUGGUAUGGAGAGCAAGACCAGGCUGUCCAUCUGUGGAGGUACCGUGGAGGCUACCCUGCCCUGACCGAAGUCAUGAAUAAGCUGAAAAAUAAUAAGGAAUUUUUGGAGUACAGAAAGGAACGGGGGAAGAUGCUGCUUUCUCGUCGCAAUCAGCUAUUGCUGGAGUUUAGUUUCUGGAAUGAGCCAGUUCCACGCGAGGGACCAAAUAUCUACGAACUUCGAUCGUACCAAUUAAGACCAGGAACCAUGAUUGAAUGGGGAAAUUACUGGGCUCGAGCCAUUCGCUAUCGGCAGCAGAACCGUGAGGCAGUUGGAGGAUUUUUCUCUCAGAUAGGAAGUCUCUACAUGGUCCAUCACCUAUGGGCAUAUAAGGACCUGCAGUCCAGAGAGGACACUCGCAAUGCAGUAUGGCAACAUGAGGGCUGGAAUGAAGUGGUCUACUACACAGUGCCCCUGAUUCAACACAUGGAGUCCAGGGUUAUGAUUCCAAUGAAGGCGUCACCCCUGAAGUAAUAUUUUCUUCACAAGCUAAAGCCAUGCAUUCACAAGGGAAACAAUGCUGUAUAUGUCUCCAAACCAUGCAUUUUAAUCCAUUUCGCUGUUCUUUCUGGUCAUUAAAAAGUAUACCAAAUCUGCACCAGCAAAUGAAAAUUGAGCAUACAUUGAAAGAAACAUGUCCUAAUAUGAACUUUGUGCUUCUUGAGGGCCAAAGAUUCUUUGAUUUAUGAUGUUGCAAGUGUCUUUGGUUAACAAACCUUAGCAAACCAUAAACUUCUGAUAAGAAUGAAUCUUUGCACACAUUAAAUGUUAGCAUUAUGGCCCAACUCAGUGGAACAUAUAUAAAAAAAGUAUUAGAGGGUCUUUAAAUGUUCUAUUAUUAAAUUAAAUUAUUAAAUUAAUAUUAAGUGGUGCUGCAUUUGCUUAUUUGUAUUGUUUUUGAUCAACUCUGUAAAAAAAAAAAAAAAAAAAAAAAAACCUGUUCAUUUUUCCAUUACUGCUAAAUGUGUGUUAACUGAAAAAAUGAUUGUCAAAUCUACACUUUGCACAGUACUGUAAAAGGCACUUUAAAUGUGCUUGAUGGUAACAGUGUUUUUUUUUUUUUUUUUACAUUUAUUUUACAUUAUAAAAGCAUAAUAUAUAACUUUCUUUCCAUUCAGAGUUACAGUCUGAGGACAUGUAAACAGAAAACUCCAUCUCUGUAUGUAAACUACUGUACUUUCUGUUUUGUGGGGUUAUAAAGACACAAGUUUGGAAAACAUCCUUGUACUGUAUGGCAUGUAGAAAGUAAACCUGCAUGUCCAGUUUUUAACAGCCAUUUAAAAAAUUUUUUUUUUUAAAAAUAAGGAUACAGUUGUUAUUUAUUUAUAUUUUGCAGGCUACUGUUAAAUGGAUAUUGAGCUCUGACCUCAGUUUCAAAUAUGUACACUAUGUAUUUGUUUCCUCGCUUUUUUCAGUUGCAGUUUAUUAAAUCACAACAAUGACCAGUACUAUCAGUCCAUAGGUAUACAAGUGAUCCUGUACAAUAAAGUAUACAUUGUUCCCCAA